AUGAUUGGUGGCGAGUGUAGUGAUCCUGCCCUCGAUGGCGAUCUCGAAGAACAAAGUUUCGAACUAUCCAAUAGUAGCAAUAUUACAAAUCAUUAUACAUAUGAUGAAACUUCCAGAAUAGCGUUAAACAGUUAUCCAAUGGAUUCUGCUCGUGUAUUAGAUUUUUUUAUUGCGGCAAUUGAUGCACCAGAAAACACUACUACAAGAAUGGCUACAAAUGCGGGCUUGACAGUACAGCCAAUACAGCUUUCAUCGAAUCUGAGAGAACAUAUUUCAAAAAGGCUGUCACUUGUUUCAAAUACAGCAAUGAGCUAUACUACGCUGGAAUAUGAAAACGCCAUGGGGUCGUCAAGUUCAGGUGUUUAA